GACUCUGAUCUCUCUAUAAUCUGUCUAUAAAAUACGUGAACCGUGGUGGGAACUGUGAUGUGCAAAAAGUAAAUUGAAUCUUGUUUAUCUUUCACAGUUCGGUACUUCACAUUUAAAACACGUGUCGUAAAAAAGUAUCAGAUCGCUAAAAAUUUAAAAUAAAAUGCCUUUCGAUAUAGUUGCAUACUCAUAUGCAGCUGCGGUAGCAGGAGGUGGUAUACUGGGCUACGUAAAGUCAUCUUCCAUUCCAUCCCUGGGUGCUGGACUUCUUUUUGGAAGUAUUUUGGGUUAUGGAGCUUAUCAAACUUCGGCUGACCCUACCAAUGUAGCAGUGCUAUUAGGAGCUAGUACAACUCUAGGUGGAAUUAUGGGAUAUCGUUUCUACAAUAGUGGCAAAAUAAUGCCAGCAGGAAUAAUUACAUUGCUCAGUGCUGCAAUGAUUGUUAGAACUAUUACAAGAUACUUCACUGCAACUCCUAUGAAGACACAAUAAGUGUGAUUGUAUUU